UUAACUUUUAGUGAAACAGCAAACAAACUGUGAGACCAAAAAAUGGUGGAUAUGAGAAUAUGGAAAACAUUUUUGGUCAAUGUUUGAAAAGCUGCAUUCUAAAAGAAACCUGCUUUCUUUCAACGCGCUUAAAUUUAAAAUCCAUUCCAUUUUUCAUUAAAAUGUAUGACAUUCACAUUAAAUUAACUAAAGGUUUGAAAAUGUUGGUUGUAUCUUACGAAUUAAUUUCAAUCAAAGUGAAAUUUUUGAUACAUGCAACUGAAAUGACUUCAAGUAUAGUUUAUCCUUGUUAGCCAUUUUUACUGCGCUACAAGAAAAAAACAACUAAUGGAGGUUGAUGCGCUGUCAAGGAUGAUCAGUUCAACAUAAUCUGUUCCUCUCUUUGUUUGAUUUUAUUAAACCCUUCUGACUGUCCAAUUAAUUCAAACAUGGAUAAAAUACCACCUCCACCUAAAUCAUUAACUUCCAAUGUAAAUAACUUGGAAAAGGCUGACGAUAAAUCACUAGGAACAUUCAAAGGUAAAGGAUCAUUUUCAUAUGGUUGCAAUAACAGACUGGAUGAAGAGCUGAUGAAAUUGAGAAGAGAAAUGGUUGGUUUGCGUCAGUUUGAUAUGUCAUUGCUAUCACAAUUGAAUGCCCUAAAACAAAGUAUUUCUGAAUACAAAAAAGCUCUCAAUAUUAUUGUAAAUGGAGAUGAUAUUGGCAAUUAUGGAGACAAUCAGUUCAACUCAUAUAGCUCAUCGCGACUGAAUAUGGAUCAAGAGAAUGAUCUUCCAGAUGAAGGAGAUGAUAUUGAUGGUGAGGAUUGUACCUCAGACGAUGAAAGGGAAGAGGAUGGUGAAGAAGAGAACAGUGAAAGGUCUUCAGAAUCAACAGUUUAAUCAUUCUGAUAAUUUUUAAUGAUCAGUGACUACUUAUUUUACUUUUAACCAUUACUUUAAACCUUUGAACAUUCUCAAUCCACUGUUUUCUUCUAUUCCAUCAUCAAUGGUAAUACUCACCACUAUAUCAUUAUUGUUUGAGUAACUGGCCGAAAAGGGUGCCAAAUUUAAUUAUUAAAAUGUAAUUGGAUAAAUGAUUAAUAAUCUUAAACUAUUAAAAUAGCAAACAUUGGACAUAAAUUUUACAUGAUUCCAAGUUGAAAUCUCGAGAACUCAUCCUGAUUCAACUUUGAACUCUUUGUUAUCUCAUAAAAAUUAUUGAUGAAUCAAUUAUUAAAUCACAAGAAGAGAUCUUUUAUUGCCACAUUUGAGUAAUAUGAACUUACAUAGCAUGGUUCUAUUAAUUCAGUAAAGAGAUUAUAAUCAUUCUUAUUCAGGAAAAAUAGUCAAGAACCUCUUGAGAUCGUAAAGUGAUUAUGCAUUACAUGUACAACAUUAAUCUUUCCUGGUUGAUAAUCUGUAAUUUGAGCUAAAAACACGCAGUAUAUUUUAGAUUCAUCGUUUAAAAGUCAGUUAAAUCAAUAUUUGAAGCCGGAGAUUAGAUAGAAAAUAAAAUUGUUGAUUGAGUAUUCAUUAUUGAAUUCAAAUUGUAACCGAGAAGCGAAAACAAAUUGACAAGGAGGAGCCAUAAGCAACUGACAGUCGCUUUGGACCAGUAAACUGUGUUGUCCAAUAACAUUCAUUCAUAAGCCAAACAAUCUUUUUGUAUAUUCAUCAUUAAAAGCACCUUUUAUGCUCCUGUCAGUUGGUUUACCAUUUAUUUAUUGGUAUACAAUGGAUCCAGUAUCACAUCUUUUAAAAAAUUGUGUCUGUCUUUAUUGUUUUUUGUGCUUUAAACCAUGAAUGGAUUUGAAAUUCUAACCUGAUUAACGAGGUCCAUUGUUGCCUUCAAGGAUGUCUGCUACCAAAAAAAAGGAGCGGCAAAAGUUGAUAAAAUGUUUUCUCAUUUUGAAGCCCUCUGAAAAAGAUCGUCGAAAAAUUAUUGUUGUUACAAAAUAUUGUCCACCUCCAACUGGUUCCUCAAACUCUGGUACCACUGAUGGACCUCAUGAUGAAAUUCAUUCCUCCUCGGGCGAUAAAUCAACUCAAAUUCAGUCACAUCAAUCAUCUGGUGAUCUGCAAAAGACUAACACAAAUCAAAUGACAGUUAUUGAUGAUAUUGAUGAAAGCUCGUUAACAUUGUUCUGUUUGCCUAAUGGUGGUGAAGUGAGUUCAACUCGUCUUCAGCCUUCUUUUCAUUCUUUUUUGAUCACAAAACAAAAUGGUUCACGUGUAUAUGGAUCUACCCUGACCAUUUGGGAAAGGAUAAAAACUGGUGAAGAUGCAGAUCGUUAUAUCAACAAGGCACUUUGUUUUCUCACCAGUUUACCAUUUGUUGCUGCCAUGAAUAAACUAUUGGUAUAUAUUUAUGAGAAUAACUGCAGUCUUGGUGUUGUACAAAGCAUAUGUGACCUAAAGAUGCCAAGUAGAGGAAAAUGUAUGAAAUUAAAAUUGCCAAAGAGCCGCUAUAUUGUAAGCUAUCAAUAUCAUCAACAACAACAAAAUCAACAGACUACUAAUUCUGAGAAUCAGGCUAACAGUGGAUCUGGAGUUAUUAAAAAUUGUUUGCAUGAAGAAAUAUACAUUUAUCGAGGCCUUUCAUCGUUUCCGCUGUUCGAUUAUCCAUUACGUCAAUUAUUUGUUGAAAUAUUGACACCGGAACAGUUUUUAAAUGCCUUUAUUGCAACCCUACUCGAGUACCAGUUACUAAUUAUUUCGGAAAGUUAUUAUAAGCUGAUGAUGGUUGCUGAAGCCUUAACCUCACUCCUUCUUCCAUUCUCCUGGCAACAUGUAUAUGUUCCCAUUCUACCAACCAAAUUAGGUUUACACUUCCUUGAUGCUCCUACUCCGUACAUUAUGGGUAUCAAUAGCAGCAGUAAAGACGCGGUCAAUAUUUCAUCAGUUUUUACUGGUUCCAUGGCAAGCAGUAUCCAAUGUAGAAUUGAUUGUGAUACAGGAAAGAUAGACUAUUUCUUUGAUGAGGAUGCAGCCUUAGAGGAUGAUCUACUCACAGAGAUACCACCUUUUAUUGAAGAACUCAAAAAUGAAAUAGAAUCAAUAUUAUCUUCUGAACCUAGACUACAAGGACUGCUCAAUUUCUCUAGUGAAAAUAGCCUAUCAAUGCCUGUCAAAGUAAAAGAAACUUUUUCCUCCGAAUUUACCUAUUUGGACGAUUUAAAGUUAAAUCAAACGCUUAGGAUUGCAUUUUUAAAAUGUAUUAGAAAAAAUAUUUUGUCGGACCAUGAAAAGUUUAUUGUCACUACAUCAACACGAAAAGAUGCUGUUACUUUUGAUACUGUUUCCUACCUAUGUGAUCAACCUGAUUCAACGAGAAAUUUUCUUUCCAAAUUUCUGAAAACUCAAAUGUUUGUCAGUUUCAUUGAUGAAAGUGUCAAAAAGAUGCACAAAUCAAAGCAAAGUAUUUACUCAAGUCAGCAGUCUCUAAUGAUUACUUCAGCUUAUGGAACGGAAGAAAUGGAUGAACCACUAUUAGGAGAUGCCGAUUUAGAUGGCAAAUUUUUCAAUGCUCGGGAAAUACCUUUCACAGAAGUAGUUAUUGACCCAUUAGUUGCCUCAUCGAAUGAUUUGAGUAAUAGUCGUUUAUUAGCUUCGCCGAUGAGACGUCAUCGACCUCGAACUCCAGCAAGUGAAGCAAGUUCCCUCAGACGCGGCCGAACUACUAGUGAAAGUGGUGAUGAUGAUAGUCAGCAGCAAAACAAUGCAAGUGAUGUUCUUUCUAGUCCAUUCCGAGUGCCCACUGCUUUAGCAGCCCAAACUAAUUGGAAGGUUGUUGAGUCAUUAUUAAGAGAAAUCAAAGUCAGGACUAAGCGAAUCCUCUUAGCUAAAAUGGGCAAUGAAGAAAUCGCUCCUUUGGGCGUUGGAUCACCUGAAGACAUGGAAGAGAAUACGUUAAUUGCAUCUCUGUGUGAUUUAAUUGAAAGAAUCUGGAGCCAUGCAAGAGCAAAUGAUAAGGAAAUGGUUCGAUGCUCUUUUUGGUCUCAUGUAGUUGCCUUUGCUACAUUACAGAGGGAAGAUGGAGAUAGCUCACAAAUUGAUUCAAGUCUAUUAACUCCUGCCCUUGCUUGGGUUCUUUUGCGGAAAAGAAUCGAUUCUUUAAGCCGUAUGUCAUUAGACUCUGGUUCAUCUUCAUCCAUAUCAAAUCCGCCUUCACCCUCCAAAGAUUUAUCCAGCUCAAACGAUUAUUUAAAACCACUUCCAAAUACAUUCUAUUAUGAUUACAAAUCUGUCCAAUCAAUGAAAGAUAUAAAAACCGAGAUUGGCAAGAGUCGUGCAUUCAUUCGCUUAGCUUUGGAACGUAAACUUUUAAGUAAACAUUUACGAGUACUGUUAAGUAACCAUGAAUUGGUCUCAUCAAUGUACAAAAGAUAUGCGUUUCUUCGGUGUGAAGAAGAACGUGAACAAUUUUUGACUCACUUAUUGACUCUCAACGCUGUUGAUAUACUUUGCUUUACAAAUACAUUUUCAACUUCUUCAUUGACAUAUACAUUGGUUAUCGAAGGUUCAGGUCCACUGACUGGUUGGAUAUCGUUAAGUGGAACACUUGCCCAAUCUAAUGAAAUAGCUUUGACAAAUAUUUCCAAUAUAUUCACAUUCAAACAUAUUAAUUUAGGCUUAAUCAACUCAAUGACUGUUUCAGUCAGUCUUUCAACCAAAAUUUUCAUCGGACAUUGCUUUGUUAGAAAUGAAGUUACCGGACACUUGUUUAAAUUUGUUUGCCAUCGUUGGUUUGGUCGAAAUAUUGAGGACGGAGCCACAGAAAGAGUCUUACUUGGAGAGGUAGUUAGUAAUUCAUGUAUUGGAGAAAUUUUGAAAAAAAGCCAAACACGAUCAUCUUCAAUCGGACGUCAUUGGGCGCGUUCAACUAGUAGUUAUCGAGAGGAAUCGCUUGAAGUUCAAGAGCUUCAGCAAAUGCUUGGUGAAAUUGUUAAUGAAAUGGUUCGCCUGUAUUAUAAUCAUUAUGGUCAAACCUUUAAUAAUCACUCCACUAAAAAUGAUCAUCAUCGUAAUUUAUAUCUAUCUCCAUUGAAGAAAAAUGUCGCAAGACCGACGCGUAAUCAUCCAAGUAGGUCUUCGAAUAACCUUUCAACCUCCACUUAUUCCUCUAGGUUAUUCAAUAAUCGAUCUUCAGUUCAUCAAAAAACCCUAGUCACUCUCAUCUUUGGGGAGAAGCAACUUUUAUGGACGCUUUUACAAAUAUUUUAUAAUGAUUUCAAAAGACGAAGCCGAUCUUCUUUCCGAAAACAAAUUUUCUUAUGGGAUUAUCUUUUAGCAAUAAUAUGUGAGCUCAAACUAAACAACUCAGAAACGCGUGAACCUGUUAUGGAUAAAAUGAUCAGUUUAGUUGAAACCAUUUCAGCGGAAGCAGCGAAUUGGGGAAAAGACUCAAAAUUUCAAUUAUUCCUUAUCUUGUCCAUUCGAGAUCAUUAUUUAACCAAAUUUUUGAAGUAUCUUUCAAAGCCCCACAUGGCUUCUCAAUAUUAUGAGACUAACUCUUUUCUUCGGAAUCCCAUUUUGAUGACAUCCCUUCUUCAAAUUCUUGGUACCUUUGAUGAAAUGAAACUUUCAAUUGACAGCUCUUUCACAAAAGGCUUGUGAAAACAAAUCUUUCAACAAAUUGAAACGCCAAAACGAAGUCGAUUACAUUUUCUCCAACAUUUAAUCUAAUUCUCUUUUUUAUUUAAUUGUGCCAUAUUCCUCGUUGUCGAGAUAAAUCGAAACAAAGCUUCAUUUUUUGAUCAAUUGUAUUUUGUUCAACCAAAUCUUAAUCAUAGUAGACAAUUGUUUUUAUUGAAUAAAAAUGAUCAACUAUUUAAAUGUCAA